GCCGUCGGUGGACACGAGGUCGGCCGACGUGCGUUCCUGGGCUGAGUGCCGGUCACCGAGCGUGCGUGCUGACACCGUGGUUGCCCUGGUAACGAGGGCGGAGCCUACAUGCCGGUCCGGGCCCGCUCUGUGCCUCAAGAUCGUAAAGAUCCCAGGUCUUCGGGCCCACAGCAAAUAUUCCGGCCCCCCCGACGACACACGAGUCUCCUGCCGUGACACUGCGUCCUUUUAUGUAUUGAGUUGCUGCUACGUGAUUGGCUGAUUCGAUAUUUGCAUUAACAAGCAGGUUUACAGAAUAGUGGUGCAACCAUGGCCUUGCAUCCCCCCGAUCCAAAGUUUGUUCUUCGAGGGACCGGAGCUUCAGUCAACACGCUGAAUUUCUGCUGCAGAAGCCCAGUGAACAGUGAUCCAAUACUCUUCUCAGGGUCAGCUAAUGGAUUAAUACACAUAUGGAACUUAAAGACACACAGGGCAGAUACAGUACUGGAAAGCCAUGAUAAAAAUUCAGUAUUAUGGAUACAAACAUUGCAAUGGAGAUACUCUCUCAUCAGCCAAGGUCGUGAUUCGACUGUCUGCAUGUGGGAUCUAACUGAAGGGCGUAAAACGGUCGUGGAUUCCAUUCCUCUGGAUAGCUAUGGAUACUGCCAGUGUUCACUAUUGGAUAGAGGUGUUGGCAGCUACCUCUUAGCUUUGCCUGGCAAGGAUUUGUCAGAGGUUAAGAUUGUAGAUCUACCUAACAAGACGCCAGUCUGGAUCCUAAAUCCACCAAAAGAUGCUAAACUGGGCAUGCCGAUGUGUCUGAAGCUCUGGCAGCCUCCUUCCUGUUCUCGGCCUUCAAUAUUGAUUGGAUACGAGGACGGAUCAGUGACCCUGUGGGACCUAUCGGAAAAGAAAAUGUUGAGCCGUCUCACCUGCCACAAAGAGCCAAUCAUGUGUCUUGACUUUGAUCCGGAAAAAGUCAAGGGUAUCUCUGGCUCGUCAGAAAAGGUUGUAGCUUCUUGGAGCCUUGACCAGCAACAGAACCUUAAGCUGAAGAACAUGGUGAAGUUAGUGAACGCUGGGAUAGCUCACACAUGCCUUCGUCAAGACAAGAAGAUAGUAGCCACGGCCGGUUGGGAUCAUCGGAUCCGCAUCUUUGGCUGGAAAAACCUGAAGCCCCUGGCUGUCCUGCUGUACCACACAGCGAGCAUCCACUGUGUGACCUUCUCCGACCAUGCAGAUCCGUGCGAAAGGUUAAUGGCUGCAGGCUCUAAGGACCAGCGCAUAAGCUUAUGGUCCCUUUACAACGAACCAUGAAGAGCCAUCAUCUGUAUUUUCACUCAGUGAAGUCUGUGUGGGCAUCAUAACUUAAUUGGUGAUGGACAUCAGUUUUGACCAUAAUUUGCACUGUAAUUCAAUUACAGUAAUAUUUUAAUUUGAACUGCCUCCUGUUGAAUCAACUUUAAAGAAGAAAGGAAAACAGCAUUGACACAAUAAUUCAUACUAGGUCACAGCCAAUAAAUAACUUCUCUUCAGUUAUCAUUGUUUGGAAGAUGGUAUGGUAGCUGAUUUUACAUGUCAUGAAUAUCCACAAGUAUUCUGUCUCGGUAGCCUCCAGUCUGAUGGCAUGAACAUUGAUUUCUCUAACGUUAAAUGAUUUCUUUCCCCGUAACUUUUUUUCCAUUCCCAGUAACUUUUUUUCCAUUCCCAGUUCUGGUUCUCCUCUCAACCUUUCCUUUCUCCUCACUCACCCAUCACCUCCUUCCCUUCUAUGCUCCACUCUCCUGUCCCUGUUUCUUACUCCUUCCACCCUGCCCCCCCAUCCAUGAUCCCCCCUCAGCUAGUCUCACCUAUCACCUGCCAACUUGUACCUACCUCCUUCUCUCCACCCCCCCCCCCACCUUCUUAUCCUGGCUUCUUCCCCUUCUAUUUCGAUAAAGAGUCUUGGCCUGAAAUGUCGACUGUUUAUUCCUCUUCAUAGAUGCUGCCUGACCUGCUGAGUUUCUCCAGCAUUUUAUGUAUGUGUUGCUCUAAAUAAUACAUUGUUUUCAAAUCAUUUUUUUUACUAUUGAGAUACAGAAUGGAGUAGGCCAUGAGGCUCUUCGAGCUGUACCACCCAGCAAUCCCCCAAUUUAAUCCGAGCCUAAUCACAGGACAAUCUACAAGGACCAAUUAACCUACCAAUUGGUACAUCUUUGGACUGUGGGAGGAAACCAGAGCACCCGGAUGAAACCCACACAGUCACAAGGAAACAUUUAAACUCCUUACUGGCAGUGGCGGGAAUCGAACCCUAAUCUCCUGUAUUGUAAAGCGUUGGCUAACCAUGACACUAUCGUGGUGCUUUGGAUGUUGUUCCUCUUUCCCCCUCCCCCUACCUUCUUAUUCUGGCAUCUUCCCACUUCCUUUCCACUCCUGAUGAAGUGUCCAGAGGGUGGGGGAUAAAUUUUUAAAUUGACCGCUGCUUUGAAAAGUGCCAUGGGAUUUUUCUAAAGAAUCAGUCUACAUGUAGUACCACCUAAUAGUGCUUUUAGAGAUUAAAACUUGUUGGUACAAAGUUAAUGUUAAAAAUAAGAUUAACUCUGAUGCCUUAUGAGAGUUUAUUGUGUUUAGCGAACUGCUUCCUUUGUAGAGGAGACAGAGGUCUUGAAUUUUGACACAGAUAGCUUCCAGUUAUAUAGUGCCUUUAAUAGCAAAAUGCCCCAAGGCAUCUCAGGAGUUUUGUAAUAAAAUUUAACACCAAAGCACUUAAGGAGAUAAUAAGCAGAUGUCGAAAUGCUUCAUAAAAGAAAGAGGUCUUAAGGGGUAUCUUAAAGGAGGAACGAAAGACAAAUAGGCAGACAGAACUAUUAAGGAGGGAAUGUUGUCAGAGUUUAGGACUUGGUAGCUAAAGGCAUUCCUGCCAUAAGUGGGGGUUGGGUCGUGUGAUUAAAUAUACGUAGAUUUUAGAUUGUUAAGGAAAAAUGUUAUGAUAACUACUCGAGCCCCGAGUGCUUGUGCUGGGGGCGGGUGUGCUGAGGCUUUAUAAAGCAUUGGUCAGACUGCCCUUCCAGUAUUGUGAGCCGUUUGACCCCCUUAUCCAAGAAAGGCUGUGCUGGUACAGGAUAGCAUCUAGAGAAGAUUCAUGAGAAUGAUCCUGGAAUGAAAGCAUUAACGUAUGAGAAAUGUUUGAUGACUCUGGGCCUGUACUUGCUGCAGUUUAGAAGAAUGGAUGUAGGGUGGGGAACAAGGGAUCUCACGGAAACCUAUUGAAUAUUGAAAGACCUAGAUAGAGCGGGUGUGGAGAGGAUGAUUCCAAUAAAGUUCAAAGUUUAAAUUUUAUUAUAUGUCACUCUACAACCCUGAGAAUCAUUUUCUCGUGGACAAUCUCGAUAAAUCUAUAGAAUAAUAGCCAUGCCAGAAUCAAUGAAGGACUGCACAACUAGGGUACUCAACCAUACUGCAGGAGACAAGAAACUGUGUGGGGACAUCUCAAUGAUGGGGCAAGUGGUGUCGAAUGAAGUUAUUCCCUUUGGUUCAAGAGCCUGAUGGUUGAGGGUGGUGGGGACGUCUGAUAAUGGAUGUUGCUUUCCUAAGACAGCAUUUCGUGCAGAUGUGCUUAAUGUUGGGGAGGGGUUUACCAGAGAUGGACUGGGCCGUAUUGACUAACUUUGUGCGGUUUUCCGUUCAAAGGCAUUGGUGUUUCCAUACCAGGCUAUGAUGCACCCAGUCAAUAUACUCUCCAUUACACAUGUUCCUUAGAAAUUUGCAAAGAUUCAGCAUGGCAAACUUGUAGAUGAAUGGCCAGUAGCUGGACUGAGAUGUCAGAGGCAAUUUGAGAUGAUGCCUUUAUAGAUAGUGGGAGCUUAUCCCCACUACCAUCCCCAACGAUAACAAACACAUACAGCAAUAAAAGCUACUAUAAGAAAGUUAAACUACAAGAAAAAUAACACUUCUACACCCCAAUCCAUCAGAGUGUUGAGGAAGGUCAAUUUCACUCGACUGGGAAAUGAAAAACAGCAAGUCGAAGCUGAAUCGGAGAGAGACUAAUGAAAUGAGGGGUUUUGUCUGGAGAGGUCACACAGUUUGGGCCAAAAAUAUUCCCGUGGAUGGGAUUACCAAACUAAAUUCCUGUUAAUAGUAGAAUGUUUUGAAAGGAAAGGAAGGGACUUUUAUGUCGGAAAGAGGGAACAUCAGAUUGUAAAGGCCAACAGGCAUGUAUAGAGGGUAAAAGGGAAAAAUAAAGUUCAAAGAAAAUUUUAUUAUCAAAAUAGAUACAAUAUAUGUCACCGUAUACAACCCUGAGAUUCAUUUUCCUGUGCGCAUACUCAGCAAAUCUAUAGAAUAGUAACUAUAACAGAAUCGAUGAAAGAUCAGCCAGAGUGCAGAAGAUAACGAACUGCGCAAAUGCAAAUAUAAUCAAACAGCAAUAAAUAAUGAGAACAUGAGAAAAAAAGAGUCCUUAAUGUGAGAUUAUUGGUUGU